UUUUAUCAAUAAUCGUAUCUUUAUAUUGCAGAACAGGUAUUUUUGUGACGCAAUAAAUACUUGCAGCAAUGAAUAAAUUGACACUGACUUGCGCAAUGCUGCUGCUGGCUGGAGCCGCAGUCAACGCUGCCGGCUUCGACGCUGAAAUGCAGAACACUCGCUGCAACACCGACCCGAGCAGAGGGCCGCUGAACGACCCUUGCGGCAGCCUGUACGAAGGAGUGUGUAGCGGCAGCUACUGUAGUUGUCCUCCCGGCACCGGAAUUCAUCCCUCGCUAAAACGAUGCAAACCCGGUUUUGCUGACAACAGUGGCAGCAACAACCCCAACAACCAAUUCAACCCCAACAACCCAAACAACCCAAACAACCAGUUCAACCCAAACAACCCCAACAACCUCAACAACCAGAGCAGCCAGCCCCCCCUGGGUGACCUCCCCUUCGACUACGACCCAAACAGACCAAACAGGCCCAAUGAGCCCCACCGCGGUUCAGGCCCCGUGCCCGGUCCCGUCCCGUCCGUGAUCACGUCAACACCAUGCGACAGAACAAACGACCCCUGCGACCAUGAUUUCAACGCUGAAUGCUACCAGGGCCACUGCCAGUGCCGUACAGGAUCUAAGAUCAAUCCUUCAGGGACUCGUUGCGAACCUGAUCCUACCUUCGGACAUGGUAAUAGUCAGGGUCAGGACUAUCCCAACCGAGACCACAACAACCACAACGACCACCAUAGCGCCGCAACCAAGGAGACGUAUGGUGUUGCCUCCAUGGUAGCGGUGGUGCUCAGUCUUGUCACUUAUAGGUUCAUGUAACUUGUGAUGGUUCAUGUAACUUAUGAUGGUUCAUGUAACUUACGAUGGUUCAUGUAACUUAUGAUGGUUCAUGUAACUUGUGAUGGUUCAUGUAAGUUAUGAUGGUUCAUGUAACUUAUGAUGGAAGAUGAUAGGAUCUUAGCUGUAAUACAUGAAAUGUCCUGGAAAUUCCUUUAAGUCCCAUGCAGUUGACAAGAGGUUCGGAUUAAAUUGGUUAACCAGCAUCGAUAAAAUUUGUUAGUUUAUUAACAAUUGUGAACAAAAUUUGAGAAAAAUCAAA